AUGUAUGCUGGUGACACAGUAGAGUAUUACUCUCGAGUCUUUGUAGCGGACGAUGCGCGCGGACAUCGCACAGCCGUCGUCCUGAAGAUUGCUGAGGACGUUGACACAGAAUACCCCAUUUCUGUGGACACUGGUGAGGCAAUCCCGCGUGACAUGAUGCUGAAGCUGGCGGUCGAACGUGCUGGAAUCGGUUCAAGCCUGCGUACGCUGUGUGGCGCAAAUUACGCUCCUAUACCCAUCCCUGGAACGUGCAGCGCUCCGACGCGAGCCAGCACCUUCAAUAAGGCCAUCGUCAGCGCUAAUCAAGAUGCAUUCGCCGCUACAGCCCAAGAGCUUCGUCAUACACGUGAAGGAUUUCCGGAGGAGAUUAGCAAAAACGAGGACGGAACCGAUGCCAACGCCGUAACCAGCAAUAGCCAUCUAUCACCGCCCAGUACUGCAGCAGAUGACGGGUCGGUUGUUAUCAUUGACUCGAGUUUGGACAAUGCAGAAGGUGGCAACAACAGGGAGGGACUGGCUGUAUCGCAGGUGGAAGUCUCGAAAACGCCUGAACCGGAUGUAAAUUUGUUGGAGAAUGGGCUGCCCUCCCGCACACCUAUAACCAGUGCUGAACCACAUCCUGGGAGCGACCACGCCUUCGUGACUAAUGAAGAAGAUUUCCAGAGCGAGGGAACCACCUCAUAUUCCGUUGAAACGCCUGUGGAACCUCCCACUGACAAGGAGGUGUUAGACGCAGAGGAAUACAUUUUGUCCAUACCUACGCGGCUCGAGAGAGCCAAGAUCCGACACCAGCCUAGGAAACGUGCUGUUGGGUGGCACACGCCCCGUUCCAGGAAGCGACGCUAUCAAGCGCCCCGUGUACAAAACGCAUACGGAAAGCCGUGUGCAGUUGGCUGA